UAGACUGGUAAGUAGAUAACGAAAAUGGCGUCCAUCGUCUUCCUCAAAUCACUACCGGCGCCUUCUCUCUCUUCUUGUGGUAGCUAUGUACCCACCACCACCACCACCGAUUCCUCCAAGCUUCAAAUGGGCUCGUUUGUUUCCCCGCACUUACCUCCUCGAUUGAAGCCAGAAUUCAGGACAAUUUGCAAAGCUCAAACUACUACAGCUUUUGCCGUCUCAAGAAGGAACGCAUUGGCGGGGCUUUUCUCAGGAUGCAUUGCCACACAAAUCAUAACCCAUGACCCUGCACUUGCUGAACAGUCGGCUGGUUUUAGAGAGUAUAUAGAUUUCUUUGAUGGUUAUUCCUUAACGUACCCUAAGAACUGGAUUCAAGUUAAAGGUGCUGGGGCAGACAUAUUCUUCAGGGAUCCUUUUGUUCUUGAUGAAAAUAUGUCUGUGAAUAUAUCUUCACCCUCGUCAUCUAGGUACAAGAGUGUUGAGGAUUUGGGCCCACCAGAAGAAGCUGGGAAGAACGUACUGAAGCAGUACCUAACAGAGUUCAUGUCUACAAGACUUGGUGUUAGGCGUGAAGCAAACGUUGUCUCAACAUCUUCUAGGGUUGCUGAUGAUGGGAGGCUCUAUUAUCAAAUUGAAGUGAAUGUCAAAUCGUAUGCCAACAACAACGAGUUGGCCGUGAUGCCUGAGGAUCGAAAGGUUAGGCUUGAAUGGGAUCGAAGGUACCUUUCUGUUCUCGGAGUGGAAAACAACAGGCUAUAUGAGUUGAGGUUACAAGCACCAGAAGAUGUAUUCAGAGAAGGAGGAAGCAAUAUUCGUCAAGCAAUGGAUUCCUUCAGAGUAAACAAGAUUACAGCUUAAUCUCUUUAUUAAUUAUGCUUGGAAGCCAUUUUCUUUCACAAUUACAUCCAUAGCCCACAUUUUGCAGUCUAUCUAAGCUGUAUCAUUUUGCAAUUACACUGUUAUAUACGAAGUAGCUAUUUUGUAAA